AAAUCAGUCAUCCUCGUAUCGCAAUUUGCAUGAUUCUACCUGGAAAGCUUGGGUGAUCCUAAUUCCUAAACCCUAAUGCUCUGUCUCAAACUCAACUGCAUAUAACUUUACAAAGUUAUUGUACAUAUAAAGUAUUGAUGUCCAUUUUAUUACAUCCUUCAAAAUUACCCAUCUCUCGAGCCAAACCAACAUUUUACAUACUUUGUUUAAACUCUCACUCUAAACCCAUCUCAACCAGCCCUGUUCCAACUCACCAACACAUUGCCCAUCUCAUUCUUGAACAGAAAUCACCUUCCCAAGCUAUCCAGACCUUCAAAUGGGCCUCAAAGUUGCCACAUUUCACACACACUCAAUCCACCUACAGAGCUUUAGUCCACAAGCUCUGCAGUUUUCGAUGUUUCGAUAUUGCCCGUGAGGUGCUUGAUGAAAUGCCUGGUUCAAUUGGGGAAAUCCCGGAUGAGGAUGUUUUUGUGACUGUAAUUCGAGGGUUUGGACGGGCUCGAAUGAUUCGAGAUGUGAUUGAGGUUGUUGAAUGGGUUUCUAAAUUUGGGAAGACCCCGAGUUUAAAAGUCUUGAAUUCGAUCCUAGAUGUUCUUGUUAAAGAAGAUAUUGAUAUUGCUAGGAAAUUUUAUAGGAAAAAGAUGGUGGAGAGUGAUGUUAUAGGAGAUGAGUACACUUUUGGGAUCAUGAUGAAAGGGCUUUGCAUGACUAAUAGGAUUGCUGAGGGAUUUAAGGUUUUGCAAAUGAUCAAGAACCAGGGUGUGAUUCCCAAUGCGGUUAUAUAUAAUACAUUGAUUCAUGCUCUUUGUAGGAAUGGGAAAGUGGGGAGGGCUAGGAGUUUGAUGUCGGAAAUGAGAGAACCUAGUCAAGUGACGUUCAAUAUAAUGAUAUCUGCUUACUGUGGUGAAGAUAAUUUAGUGCAAGCUCUCGUGAUGUUAGAGAAAUGCUUCAACCUUGGGCUUGUUCCGGACGUUAUUACUUUAACUAAGGUGGUAGAGAUUCUAUGCAGUAGUGGUCGUGCGUUGGAAGCUGUUGAAGUUGUAGAAACGGUGGAGAGAAAAGGAGGAAUAGUUGAUGUUGUGGCUUAUAAUACCUUGAUCAGGGGAUUCUGUAAUUCAGGAAAAGUGAAAGUGGGACAACGAUUUUUGAAGGAGAUGGAGAGAAAAGGUUGCCUACCAAAUGCAGACACAUAUAACAUUUUAAUCUCUGGGUUUUGCGAGUCUGGGAUGUUGGAUUCAGCUUAUGAUAUGUUUAAUGAAAUGAAGAUUGUUGGGAUAAUCUGGAACUUUAUCACAUAUGACACAUUGAUCCAUGGUUUCUGUUCGAGGGGAAGGAUGAAAGACGGAUUAAAAAUAUUGGAGCUGAUGGAAGAGAGCAUAGAGGGUUCCAGGGGUCAUAUUAGUCCUUAUAAUAGUGUCAUAUACGGUUUAUACAAGGAAAACUUUACUGAGGAAGCACUUGAAUUUCUUGCUAAGAUGGGAAGGUUGUUUCCUAGAGUGGUUGACAAAAGCUUAAAGAUUAUAGGUUUAUGCAAGGACGACAAUAUUGAGGACGCAAAUGGGGUGUAUGAUCAGAUGACAAAGGAAGGAGGUGUCCCAAGUGCACUUGUCUAUGUUCAUUUGAUCCACGGCUAUUGUAAAAUAGGUCGUGCGAGAGAAGCAUUUGAGUUGAUGAAUAAGAUGGUUGGCCAUGGUUACCUACCAACUGCAUCGACGCUUAAUGUUCUUAUACUUGAAUUAUGUAAGCAGGGAAGAGUUGGGAGUGCCUCAAAAUUCCUAGAGGACAUGAUCGAAAGAGGUUGCUUACCUGACCAUGGUAGCUACGGUCCUGUGGUUGAUGGAUUUUGUGGGAAAGGUGAUUUACAGAAGGCUUUACCACUGUUUUUACAAAUGGUUGAGACGGGUAUAAUUCCUGAGUUUUCUUUAUGGAACUCAUUAGUUGUAUGCAUUAGUCAAAAGAAUGUAUGGUUAUCUAACAAGAAUAUAUGUUUCAUGGGAGAAACCUUCUGAAUGUAGUUCAGGAGAAACCUGUCUUGAUCAUCUAUUAUUUACAAUAAAUAAAUACUAAUAGACCAAUAAUUUCAUUUAUGAUUUAAA